GUUACUGUGUAUCUGGGCCCUCAGCGCGCUGUGGUCCUGGCCGGGUACGAGGCUGUGAAGGAAGCACUGGUGGACCAAGGAGACGACUUCUCUGGCAGGGGACCCAUCGCUUUUCUUAAGAGAGUCACCAGAGGCUAUGGGUACAAUAAUUAUCCCCUUGUUGCACUCUGUGCUGAAGGAAGAGAAACAGUGGGCCACCCCUUGGUCUUUUAACCCCCAGCACUUCCUGGACCAGAGUGGAAACUUUAGGAAAAACCCAGCAUUCUUGCCGUUCUCUGCAGGAAAGAGGUCCUGUGUUGGAGAGGCUCUCGCUCGCAUGGAGAUUUUCCUCUUCCUGGUGUCGCUCCUGCAGAAUUACACCUUCUCCUGCCCUGGAGGACCGGACAGUAUUGACCUGAGCCCCGAGUACAGCAGCUUCGCCAAUGUGCCUCGCAGAUACAUCAUCGUUGCAACGCCCCGGUAGCGGCAAUGAUAACAACCUGCUCAUCAGUGUCAUCUAUUCACCUUUAAAUGCAGUAUCUUAAGUGACCUCAGUAAGCAGAUUAAGUUUGCGUAGUUUAUAUAGAAUAGACCAAGGAUGCUUAAAUGCUGCACACUUGUCUUAAUGUGAAGAUUUGCUUCUGCAAACUCCCAACUAAAACAAGCAAUUGAACUAUAUUAUAAUGCAUGUGUAUGUAAUAUCAGUUGCAAUGCGAAGUUGAGUAUUACUGCAACUGGAAUGUAUAUUUUUUUUGUAUAGUAUUUUUGUGUUGUUUCGUGGCCUGAUGGUUCAUGUUUGCCUUAAGGUCUGCUAUUAUAAUGCAUGGAUUACAAAAGAAAACAUUAAAAUAGACGUAUACUAAAUCAUUUUCUUGGUAAA